CACAACCUUUGUUGAUUGCUGAACCUUAUUUUAUAAAAUCACGUGUAGCUAGUAUAAAUACAGGCGUCCAUCGAUCACGACUCUCCUAUAUUUUGACCCCACCCCUGCCAUCGAACAAAUCAACUCUGUACUUUGUACAUACACACUUCACUCUAUCAUGUCUGGCAAAGUCGGCGGCAAGGCAAAGUCUGGUGGCAAAGCCUCUGGUGAAUCCUCAUCAAAGUCCCAAUCGCGUUCAGCGAAGGCUGGUCUUCAAUUCCCCGUCGGUCGUGUUCACCGUCUCUUGAAGAAGGGAAACUACGCACAGCGUGUUGGUGCCGGCGCACCUGUCUAUCUUGCAGCGGUACUAGAAUACCUUGCCGCUGAGAUCCUGGAGCUUGCCGGUAACGCAGCCCGUGACAACAAAAAGCAGCGUAUCGUUCCUAGGCAUCUGCAACUCGCCAUCCGAAACGACGAAGAGUUGAACAAACUCCUUGGGGACGUCGUCAUUUCACAGGGCGGUGUCGUUCCUUUCAUCAACCCCGAGCUACUACCCAGCAAAACUACCAAGGGCAAGAAGGAGAGUCAGGAAGUAUAACCUUAUUCGAUUUAGACUGCAUUAUUAUCGGUAUUGGGUGUAGGAUGUAUUGUAUUUUUCUAUAGUAUUCGGUCUUCUAUAUCAUUUUCUUUUCGCUCUGGAUUAUCUCGUCGAGUUGACGACUCCUGAUACGUGGGGCGCUGGUAAAUACAGCACGGGUGAUUUCCG